AUGACAGAGCUCGAUGUGGGCGACUCGCUUCCUCCCUAUGCGUCCGAGGAGAAUAAGAAGCUCGACGCCGAGGUCAAGCAGAAGCAGGCCCAGAUCGAAUCUAUCGAGGAGCAGCUCGAGAGAGAUGGCGCGCGGGUUAAGAUCAUGACGGACCACCUAGUCAACGUGCAGCAGGAGCUGGUCAACACGCAGCAGCUCGUUGACGCGAAACGGAACGAAGCCAGCACAGAGGAACAUCUUCAGGCGCUGACGAAUCGGCAGCUCGGACGGCUGAAAUCUGAGAUCGUCCGGCUGCACAAGGUCCUGGAAGACACGCAGGACCAAAUCAACGCAUUCUCGAACGAGCUAAUGCGUGGCAAUGAGAAGUUGGACCAGUUCAAGCUUGAGAUGAACUGGAACCAAGAAGAGCUGGAGCAGUGGGCCAUAGCUGCAAGGCAGAAGGAGGAGGACGAGCUGACGCUCGAGAAAUACAGACGUGCUGAUGACUCCAAGGAGUGCCACGACUUCGAUGCGCACUGCUGUCACAUCAAGCCUUCUGAUCCGGACUAUGGCCAGUUCAAGGGCAACGCAAGCCACAUGGUGCCCGGCUGGGCGGUCGUCGACUUAGACCUUCCACCAGAGCAGCGUUGGGCUGCUGCCAUGAAGGAUGCAGCGGAGCCCCUGAAGAAGAUGAUCACCCACUUCAAGUCCUUGGUAGGCGUGCUGUCCGAGGAACUCUUCAAGCUCAUUGAGGACUCACCGAAGUUCAAAAAGCUGGCCAAGCAGGUCUUGACGGACAUGGGCGAGUACGGCCUCGAGAUGCGCGGCAUUGCCAAUGCCACAGGCAUCCCCGAGGAGGAGAUCUUGUUCGUGAACAUGAUGUAUGAGAUUGAGGGAGGCUGCACCUCCAUUGUCGCCCAAGAUGCAGAUGGCCAUGUGGUACAUGGCAGGAAUUUGGACUUCGGGCUUUUCUUCGGCGAAGACUGGAAGCAUCUGCAGUGGACGCUGACGGAGGACCUGCGGCCCCUUCUUCGCAACAUCCACUUCGUGCGGGGUAAAACUUCGCUCUAUGACUCCACCGUCUUCCUGGGCUACGUCGGAAGCUUGACGGCCGUCAAGAAGGGAGGCUUCUCCGUCACCGUGAACACGAGGUAUGACAGCACCCACUGGGCGGCAUUGCUUGCGUUCCUUGAGGGCAAGGGCUCUGGUAACUUCUUGUCCUUGCUUCUCCGGGAAGUGUUUGUUCACAACUCCACUUACUCGGAGGCUUUGGACACCAUUCGCAGUGCCAAGCUCUUGGGUCCCGCCUAUGUCAUCGUUGGUGGCACAGCGCGCGGAGAAGGUGCGAUCCUGGAGCGCAGCGCCACGAGCGUCGUGGGCGAGCGGCUGCUGGCGGAUGAAGCUGCCAAGGGGAGAAACUCGGUGGUGGAGACCAACUGGGACUUCGGCAAGGAUCCCUUUUUUGAUAACCGCCGCAGCCCGGCGGAGCACUGCCUCUCUGAGCGCUUCAAUGAGAACAUCACCUUCUCAGGUUUGUUCUCCGUGUUGGCGGCGCGGCCAAACCGCAAUCGGCUCACAACCUACACUGCCCUAAUGAGCGCUGAGAGACCUGGCAGCCAAUAUCGACUCAGAGUGCGUGAAUUAACUUUGACGGUGGAAAAGCUGACCGUCGAGAAUGCCAAUCGGCGAAAAGAGUUGGAUGACCUGGUCACCGACACGCAGGCCAAGCAGAUAGAAAUGGACAAGACGGCAGAGCUGUUCCGCCAGCUGCAUGACGAUCGCAAGAAGAUUAUCGAGCAGUGGGAGGAGUCGGUCAAGAAUAUGAAGAGCCGGGACUCCCAACUGGAGCGUCUUGGUGAGGAGUAUGCAGCCAACAUGACCCGAAAGAAGGUCAAGGAGGAUAAGAUGAAGGAGCGGAAGCAGUUCCACGAUGAGGUGGAGGCAGACAACGAGAAGUUGGAGCAGAGCAUCCAGCAGACUGACCGACAGCUCGUUCGCAUGCGCAUGGACCACAUGGAAGCGAAAACAUCCCUCACGGGCUUCAAAGACGAGGUCGAGGUGAUGAAGAACCAGGUCAUCGCAUGCCAUUCCGAGAAAAACCGGACUGCGAACGAACACCAGGUCGGUGCUACGCGCCUCGAAGGCCGGCGAGAGAAGCAUGAGCAAGCAUACCGCCAGCUGGAGAUGCACAAGAGGGCUCUCCAGGAGCACCAAGACACCACGCGGAACAAAGAGCAGAUGAGCCAGGAUGCAGAGCGAGCAAGGCAGGAGAUGAUCAACAACAUGAAGAUGGUGGAGAAGGAGAUGAAAGCUGCCAAGGAAAGUCACUACAAGGAGAGCCAGGAACUCUACCGCCUUCGGGCCGAAGAGGCGACCACCUUGGGAGCCAUCAGCGGAGCACAGUCGGCCAUCAAGAACCUGCAGCUGCAGAUUAGCAAGCUCGACCAAGAGCGGCAGCGGCAGCAGGAGCUGUUGUACGCUGUCGACUUCCAGUCGCAGCUCAUGCAGCGCAAGGUCGCUCGGGUGUCCGGGGAGCGGACGAUCGAAGAGAAGGAGGAAUUCAAUCGCAAGGUCGAGCAACUCGACAAGCAGCUGGAGGAGCAGAAGUCCCUCCACACCAUCCUCUCAGCGCAGAUCAAACGCCAGGACCGAGGCUACAGGACGUAG